CCGAGGCCCAGAGGGCGAGAGGACAGCUGUGUGCUCAUGUCAGACCUGGCUUCACCCCUCAGGCUCGUCGUUCGCUCCUGGCCCGGUGGGCGUGGCCUGUGAGGUAAGAGACACUGGCAUGAAGCACCGGGAGCUACGUCACGUUGUCAUCACUGUGAUAUUACAGGAAUCGCAGCCUGGCUCACUCUGCCUGUGGCUGCGGACCUGGACCCUUUAUAAAGCCAACAGGCACUUCUUCCCAGCCAGUCUCCCUCCGUGAGCCGCGAAGCCGUCAGCCAUGAGGAUCUACUACCUGGUCUUCGCGUUGCUGCUCUUGUGCCUGACACCCGUUCCAGGCGAUGCAGGAAUCAUAACGAGAGUGCAGAGGUAUUUCUGCAAAGCCAGGAAUGGCCGCUGCGCCGCGCUGAGCUGCCUCCCGAAGGAGGAGCAGAUAGGCACCUGCUCUCUCCGUGGCCGGAAGUGCUGCCGCAGGAAGAAGUGACAGACCCCUGGGCACAAGGAGACCGUCGUCGAGUGAGAAGAUGCCUGCUUGAAGUUCGUCCAAGCCAAGUUCAAUUAAAUAUUUUUUUUUAAAAAAAUCACAAGUUUGACUGUGCUUGUCAAGCCCUGGCUAUUUAGGUGGUUGUGCCAAAUCGGCCACUUAGAAAGUGUUCCUGACGCACCUGUGAUCCAGGUCCAAGUACGAUCUCCUGGAGAAACCCCAAGGGCUCCUGAAUGAGUUUCCAAGGGUUUCUCCUUUUCUGUCGAUUUUAUACCCCAGGGAAAUCAGACCC